AUUCAGUUUGUUCACAUAGAAAUCUAUCGCUUUAUUUGUUUGGAAACCCAGAGCAGAAACACUUGAUUAUAUGAUUAAAAUGCGCAUUUCAACUUUGUCGAUGCUAUUUUUAGAUCACUACAUUACAGUUAAACACAUACAAAAUAUGUAGUAUAUUUAUUGUCAUCAAACUUUAAACUUCAAUGUCGCCAUUGUCUUUACCCAUAUUUACGUUACCACUUCACCUGUAGUCGAAACAAGUGGACUUUAUUUCGGUUGUACGAGUAAUACAACAAGGAUGGUGUACCUAACAAUGAAGGCUGAUACCCCUGUUCGGCUGCAUUUCACCCGGCAGCCUGGCCUCAACUCCUGGGGCCUGCUAGUAGGUUUCAGCGCAGUGGGGCUCGGUAUCGGUUACUAUGGAAAUGACCCCAUGUGGUUGAAAUUGAUCUACUUUGUGCUGGGUGCUGCAGUUGGCAUGUGCUGCCUGGAAGACUGGGAGGAGUGUGACUUUAACAAGGAGACAGGAGAGAUCCGACUGAGAAAGUCAAGCAUCUGGGACGUGCUCGCCUUUAAACAGUCUGAUGUCAUUGUAGCUCAGGUGGAUGAUGUGUCAGAUGUGGGUAUACGAGAGGAGGCAACCAGCUUUGUUGGCAAGAGCUACCAGGUUGUCCUCACCCUCUCUGCCGGCAUGACUGUCGCAAUCACAGAUGCACUAACAUUCGGGUUUCCUAGUGAACACCAGGCAAUAGCGAAGAAGAUCCGUACUUUCCUAGACCUGGCAGAGGUGGCAGGCAAUGAUUAUUUAGAGUCCUCUGAUGAUGAGGCUGAAAGCACGGAGGAUAGCGAUUUUGAAUGUAUCGACAAGUCUGAGCUUGUGGAUGAGAUAUGUCCUGAGGAAGAGGCUGGUAACCAGGAGGAAGUAGGGGAGGAUAUAAAGGCAGCAGAUAGCUAGGGUUUUUUCGCAGGGGCGUGCCAGUGGCAUAGAGAGCAUAAUAACCUUCAAUUCAGAACUGUUGCUGAAAACAAAAUAAUCAGAAAUAAUUUAAGGCAUACAUGUUAUGUUAUAAUUGCUAUAUUAAUAAGGAAAACAGCUUGUUCUUAUGUUGUUAACCUUCAUUCGAAUAUGUAUCACUUGACAUACCAUGGUUAGUGUGAACAUGGCAAUUUGUGAUCCCUCUGUGUUCAGGUCUGUCCUUGACACCUGCAGCGUAGUCAAGGUCAGGUCAGCUCAUAAAGUGGUCACUUUGGAAAUGUCCAACAUCCUCACGUUUUACCCACCUAGCAUAUAUUUACAAUUUAAUUAAUCACAUUCAAAUCUGUUUCAUUUCAUUCUGAUGAAAUUGGUGGCCUUUUCUCUCCAUGCCACUAGCACGGCAUGUUUCAAGCAGUUAGCAAUAGUACUCGUAGACUGUUUAUAAUUUUCAUGAAUUGUUUUUAAUGUUGUGUAGGAAAACAAGUAUUGUUAUAGCCUUGGUGUUGUUGUCGGCACCAGUGUACAACAACUUGAACCUUGAUUGAACUAAAAACUGUUGAUGAAACUUGGUACACAUGGUACAAGUGACAAUAAGCACACAUAUUCAAAGCCAACUCUGACUUCAAUAAGGUAGAGGUCUUCUUUUUGACUGAACAAAAAAAACAGACAAGUGUUAAGGUUCGCUGCACUGUUACAUAGAUUUUUGCUUUAUCCAACUGGACAAUGUUAUAAAAUUACUGGGUAGUUAAUCUUAAGAUCUUAUGAGUAAUAACUAUAUAUGAAAUACAUCUUCCAAAUCUGUUGUUUAUAAAUUAAUUGUAUGCAUAAUUUUGUUUUGGAUGUAAGUGCAUGAUGAAGAAAUUGAUGCUUAUGGUUUUUAAUGUGUUACUGUGAUAUGUCUGUUUUUAUUUUAUUUUGGCAUUAGUUUCAGUGUCUGCUUUACUUACUGUUGAUGGUACAGCUAAAUGCCUGGAGUUGUGUGGGGUUACAGGGGUCAAAGUUUAAAUUAUUUUCCACCAGCGAUUGACAAGUUGAGUGAAUGGUGAUUCUUAUUCUAGCUAAAGUACACACAUUUGUGAAUAUGUAAGCUUAAAUUUGAGCCAUGACCUAUGCUGUGAUAGGUUUAUGAUGUGUACAUGAACAACAAGAAUUAGGCUCUUUCUUCAGGUCAAUAUGUGUUCAUAUCUGAAGUUUUUAUUGGUAUAAUGUAUUCAUUAGUUGAUAUAAGAUUUAUUAUUGUGUUAUGACUGUUUUGUUUCAUUUUACUGUUACCUUGUUCAAUGCUUUGUUAUGAAAUGUGACAUUAACUUCUUACAUUUUAUGUUCACAAUUUAUUAAGUAUUCUUUAGACAGACAUUAGCCUCUAAGGUCAAAUUCGCAUUGGCAGAUAAAAGAUCGUCAUGAUAAUGCAAAUGCUAACAAAAAGCCCCCUCACUAUUUUGUGCGUGAGGACAAAAACCUCUGCAACAUCAGACAUAUUAUUUUUAUAAUAAGGGCAUAUUCUCCGCAUUCACAGUUUUAUAAAGGGCUUUUUCUGCUUUUUAGCUAAGGGACUUAUAUCCUAGGAGCCAAUGUCCUACAUUCAUUCUGUACAGAUACAGUCAUUUACCCAUAUCUAUCACUUAUGAUACUAAUUCUACAGUGCAAACUAAUUGCAUGAUGCUUUUCUUCAUGUUAAUUUUUACCAUGAUUGACCUUUACUGGUCGAAUGUAACCAAAUGUAUACAAGCAACUUUAACUGACUGUAAACUUAUUUUUGUGUAGCUCAAAGAACCUUUGUCAUAAUAUCACAUGGACAUAAUGUUAGUUGCAUUGUCACAGUAAAAGUUUAGUGUUGAAGGUCAUUAUCUGAAGAUAAUACAUGUGUUAAUUUUUAAGGUGUUAGAUAUAUGUAGACUAUCACAUAGUACAUUUAGUGGUUCUAGGGACCUACAUAGUGGUUCUAGGGUCUAUAUAGUGGUUGUAGGGCUCUAUAAAGUGGUUCUAGGGCUCUUUAAAGUGGUUCUAGGGCUCUAUAUAGUGGUGUUUCAGAUCUUUGUAGUGGUUCUUGGUAUCUAUACAGUGGUUCUGGGGAUCUACAUAUUCAGAGUUUGGUGUUGUAUGUGCCUUGUUAUAUAUUUUUCACAUAUUUUGCGCAUCAGUUUCAAAAUGAAUACCGGUGAAAAUUGAAUUAGGCUUAAAAUGAUACAGCUUAAGACCUGGGCCCAGUUUCACACAAAAAUGUAAGGCGUAUAACAAACAGAGCAAAGAAUUUUCGGUCACCUGAUUGGAUCACUAUUUUUACUGUAUAUUUAGUUUACAGUAUUGUUGGCAGGAUCAUACUUUUUCGCCUUAAUUUUUUGUUAAACUGGGCCCUGAGCCCUAUUUUUCCCCUCAGUUGCAUUUCAAAACUUGAGUUUUCAUUUUCACUUGCAUGCAUUGUUUGUAAGAAUAGUAUGCAAAAAGAUGUUGCGGUGUUGUCUUGUUUUCUAGAAAUGUUAACAAGGUUUGAAAGAUGAUGUAUGGAACUGCAAGCACAUGGAUUCUAAGUAAUUAAACUACUAUUGUUUAGUCAGAGAAUAUUGGUUUUACAACUGAAAAAUAAAAUUAAGAAUAAAAUCCUUAUCUUGAAGCUGCAUAACUAUCUAGUAUACUAAUUAUAUAGUGAACUGUGGUCUGUUUUAUUGUAACGUCAUUUUUUUCUUUUCAUAAUACUGUGAUUAAACACUAGAUAUGUUCUUUUAAUGUGAUUCAUGAAUCUCACAAAUGAAUAUGUCAUUACGGAAAGACUCCCACCCAAACUUUGUGUUUUAUUAUGAAUGUAAAACUUAACAGAUAGAAAUUUGUUCAUCACACGUUAUUUUCAUGAAUAAAUGCUGAUUUUCA